AUGACGACGACGCAACGAGAUGGUUUUACUGCCACGGUAUCCGGCCACAGUGUCGGUUUAAGUACAUGCCCCCACAAUUGCGACUGCUGUUGCCCCGUGGUGUGUAAAGACGUACAAACCAUAGAGUGUUCCAGCGUGCUUACCUCAGACCGUUCCACCGUAGUGAGAUCAGGGAGACGUAAACGGAUUAGAAGAGAACCUCCACGGCUGGGCGUGACCAAAUCUGGUCGUCCAGUGACCCCCCACAAAUGCGACCUAAAGUCCCCUGCAGACGUUCUUCCGACACCAAAGCCGUCGUCUACAAGCUGGUUGAGAAGCACAUCCUCGGCAUCCAUUCCGGUUCGCAUGACGUCACGAGCGUCGCUCAAAAGCAACAAGGCAGAGAAAAGCUCCUCGUCAACAGCGCAUGAUCCAACCACACCGUUCGCGCAGUUCAAGAGUCCCACAGCCCCAAGACGUCGGCCCACUGUUACCGUUCACAACUGCUUAGGCGACGAACACCGGCCGUCAUCACCGAAGGGUGCAGGAGCAUUUUCAUCAUUUUUGAAAUAUCUCCUCUUUGCGAUGGUCCUGGUGGGGGUUGCAGGCACGGCCGCCGCCCCCAUGCUUCUCCGCAAGGCCAGGAAAGCGUGUGGCGAAAUAAAACCUUGCAAAUACAACUAGUGUAACUAGGUUGAGAAGCUGUCGACGAAUGCUACUGUCGAAAGCCAGAAAAAGGCACGAAAUCCAACUUUGUACGAAUUUUUUUAUUUUCACUUUAUUUAAUUUCAAAACCAAGGGGUUCCCAAUAUUUUUUGUCACGCCACACUUCCAAUUUUAAAAUUUAAUUGGUGUAAUAAACUGUUAUAAAGGUUAAAAAUCUGAUUCGCCCAGGCAACAUGUUGAGGACGACACUUCUUAAUACUUUCUGCGGCACCUAAGGUCCGGGAACCCCUGAAGUAGACCAACAAAUAAAAGGUAGGUACUUAAAACUCAAAGUUACAUUUAAUAAGUCAAUGUUUGAUUUUUGCAGAUGAAGUUUCCUAGUAGGUACUUAUACAAUGAAUGCUUUACCACAAAUGUAAGAAAUAACUGCAGACAUGCCACAGAUACACUUACGUGUAUAUUUUUGUGUUUAAUUUUUAAAUUAUGUGCUCAAUGCUAAUAGUGUAUAUGGAUUUAUUGUCACAAUAUUUUUAUUAAAUCAUUGCAGAUUAUUUUGUAGCUUAUUUUUAUUUAGUAAAUGAGAUAAGUAUGAAUAGCUGUACGCGUAUAACAUUAAGUUAGCGCCGUACAGGCGGUAACUGUGAGGUAACCGAGAGCGGGUGGGCGGUACUUUCAGCGGAGAAGAUUAGGACAGAUACAGAUGUCGAUGAUGUGUUGGUACCAAAGAGGAUCGAGUAUUAUAGAGAGUUACUGUCAAAGUAAAAUGUGUAAUCACAGUGCAUAAGUAGACUGCCAUCUCUCGACACAAGCUUAAAACU